CUCUACUGCAUAUAAUCAUCAGCCAUCUGAAAUAUUACUGCGACUGUAAAUACGGACUGAUGGCUGAAUGAAGAAAAUGGACAGUCCGUCUUUGCGAGUACCAGAGAACAGCAACCACAGGAAGAGAGAAGGGGGCGAAAGCCCAGACAACGAACGUCGGAAACGCGGAAAAUAUACACAAGUAGCAUGUAAUGAGUGCAAACGUCGAAAACUGAAAUGUAGUGGAGGAGAUGUAUGUACUAGGUGUGCUGCAAAUGGCAUGCAGUGCAUAUAUGCACUGCAGAGUCGGCCGCCAGCGGGAGGAGAUGUACCAACCUCGACCCUAGAAAGCCCCUUCAUGCGACUCGAAAAUAUGGAAACUCGCAUGUCAGACAUGCAGAGGCAGAUGAAUUUUAUGUCUGAUCAGAUUCGAGCGCUACAGACAAAAUCCCAGUGGCCAACUUCAACCCCUCCUGGCGCAGCUGUUAGCAAUCAUACAGAUGGCCGUUGGGCUAGCCGUGGCCGUCCAGUAUCGCCAAGCUACAUUGGCCCUACAAGUGGCGAAUUCGGCCUCCACGCCGUCCAGCCUGAUGCACAGGAAGAUGAGACUGAAAACUCAGAAGACGCAUUUGCAUCUGGCACAGCCAGUCCACACCCCCAAGGACAAAAGCAUCUCAGAGCUAUACCAAGCAACCCGCUCCUUGCUCUCACCGAUGUAGACGCCUUAAGACUGGUUGAUGUUUAUGAAGAUGCGGUUGGAAUGAUGUAUCCCAUAGUGGAUCUUAAAAGCAUAAGACGAUAUAUCGCCGACUAUUACCAUCAACGGAAGACGGUGUCAGUUGAUACUCUCAGCACCCCGCAAAAUGGUGAUGAGGAUUGGUGGUUUUCGGCUCGGGAUGCAGAAAUUUUGAAAAUUGUGCUCGCUAUUGCAUUGAUUUCUGAAUCACACGGUCGAAGUGACCUGGGCGAUGCGCUUGCGGCGAAUGUGGAAGAUACAUUUGCGUCAACGCGAACUCAAGUACCUGAAGUCGAUAUGAAAGAGUUGAUCAUCCUCACUUUAGUAGCGCUGUAUCACUCUUUGCGAGAUGAUGAUGUCCUGGCAUGGAGGACAAUCGGUCUCGCGGCAAGAGGCGCAAUGCAACUUGGAUUGCACCGCUGGGACACCUGGCUUAGAACCGGGGGCGUCUUUCCAGGUGAUUUAGAGCGUUCUUGGGCUAUAAAUUUGUUCUGGUGUUUAUACGUCUUUGAUAAGGAGUUUUCAUUUGAAACAGGCUUGCCCUUUGCCAUUCGAGAUUCGGAUAUGGAUUCGAGUCUUCCAGAGCCGGUGGGCUAUAAUCCAUACUUGACUUGUAUGAUUUCAUACUGCCGCGUUGGAAGCAGUAUUUGGGACUUGGUGGUAGGUUGGGGGAGUACUACGAGAGCUGUGGCAGCUGAGAAUUGCACGUAUCUCGACUUCCAAAUAAAGCAGUGGCAAGAUUCAAUUCCACGCGAGUUUAGAUUAAACAACAAAAUUGAUGAGCGGGGUGUAUCGACGAGGAAUAACUGGCUUGCAGUUUCACAAGUUCUGUUCCACAUGCGCGCAAAUCAGCUUGGGAUUCUGGUGCACAAACAGAACUUACUCAACAGUCAAUCAAUUCACAGUAAUUUAGAUGGCGCAAGGAUUGCUGUCGACAGAGCCAGGGAUACGAUUCAAACAUUGGAAAAGUUCAGCCGCACAUCAGCUAUCUACUCACAUCGCCCGGAGCCUUUCAACCGCUUCCUGUUCUCGGCGCUGGCGACUCUUUUUUUGGCAGUUUCUCAUGCGCCAAGUCGGUUUACACAGUUAUGCCGCAGCGAAUUUUACAAAGCUCUGGACACAUUGAAGCGGUCACCAACGCGUGGGAAGUACUCGCGACGACUUCAGAAAGUCAUCAAAAAUCUUAAACAUAUUAACAUCAGGCGUCGAUCUCACCCUCCAAAUAGGGAAGCAUUAUAUGUUGCGACCUCUGGCAACAGAACACCAGACCAGCCUUCCAUUGCUGACACAUCUACACCAAUCACACCAACCGUCUCCACUGGUAUAAACCAUACAGACUACAAUACUUCGAUGCACUCGUCCCUAGUCAACGGGGAUGCCUUGGACAGCAAUGUCUACAACGACCUAACCGACUUUUUUGAACUAGCAGGCGAUUGCUUCAUGGACUCUCAAUCCAAUAUCGACCCUGGAGUAACCAGUGAGACCGAGUUGCCGGCUAACCCUUCACAGCAGUUUCAAAACUCGAUUGAUAUGUUCCAAGCGGAAGACGAGACACUUACGCGGCUAAUGGUGGGGCUCCUCUGAUGAGCUGAGACAAACCAAAACCAAAUAUUGCCCGUUUGGGAACAACAGUGGCAGGCAGGGCAGGGUAACGCCUAGGCAAUUCCUAUGCGGGGAUAUUCACAAGACUAGCCUAUGCAUCAGACCCCAGAUCUCGGGCUUCGAUCGAGACCCGAAGGCAACCAUUUCAGACACGAGGUUAGACUGGAGGCUAGGCAGAAGUAAGUCGCAUGAUCUGUAAAUAUUGUUAUUAUUAUUGUUAUUAUUAUUAUUAUUAUUAUUGAGA